CUGCUUAUUAAUAAAUAACUAUCACACAAGAUAUGCUAGCUGUUGUGACCGGAUGGACAGAUACAUUUUCAGCCGGUUUAACAAUACAAUUUCGUCAAAACGAUUAUCUGGCUAAUAUUAAAGGGCCUCACUGAAUAUAAUGGGCCUUGCCUUUUGGAGUCUCAUGAGACAAAAAUGGGCCAAUUAUAAAUGUUGUUCCAAUUUCUUGGACCUUUUUGCUGCCACACUGGCUAAACCUUAGAAUAACUGACUGGUAUGCAAUGACACAAGAUAAUUUAAAGGAGUUUUUGAGUUAGUUAAAAAUUGGGAUAUUAGGAACACACGACUGUGGAUAUUGACCAGUGGCAAUAUUCUGUUGAAAAUACUGUACAUUUAAAGUUUACCCUGUUGUGACUCUUGGAGAGAGUAUGGCCUCAGGUAUCUGUAGCCUGUUAGAUUCAUGUUAUAAAUCUAUAUGGAAUGGGAUGCAUCGUCAGCUGUUAUAGCAUGCUGUCAUCACAAAGUUGCAGCGUGUUUGCCUGCAAAGGUAUGCCAAACAAGUCUAUGUGAGCAUUUUGAAUAUUACUGUAUUCAGGUUUUGCCACAUUUGCCAUUGCCGCUCCUGAACAAGUCAAUUUGACUCUAAUUCCUGGUCAUGGUACCAUUGUGACUCCUGGUGACAUGACCAGUUUGAUUCCUGAUGAAGGUGCCAUUGUGACUCCUGGUGACAUGACCAGUUUGAUUCCUGAUGAAGGUGCCAUUGUGACUUCUGGUGACAUGACCAGUUUGAUUCCUGAAGGUGACAUGACCAGUUUGAUUCCUGAUGAAGGUGCCGUUGUGACUCCUGGUGACAUGACCAGUUUGAUUCCUGAUGAAGGUGCCGUUGUGACUCCUGGUGACAUGACCAGUUUGAUUCCUGAAGGUGACAUGACCAGUUUGAUUCCUGAUGAAGGUGCCGUUGUGACUCCUGGUGACAUGACUAGUUUGAUUCCCAAUGAAGGCACCAAUGAGACUCCCAGUUUAGUUCCCAGUAACAGUUUGAGCACAGCGACUGUGUGUGUGGGGGAUGAUGGCCAGACCCUAGCCAAGACAGAGGAGAUGAUCAAUGGUCUCAUUAAGAAACGGCCACACUUGUCCCGUUUCGAGAGGCUGAGCAAAAACCGUAGCGCUGCUUGCCUGACUGUCCCCGACCAGACUCCAAUGGAGAGGUUCAACAAGCGUCACCUCAGUGUUACUCAGCUGUGUGAGCAGUCCUGGUGUGAGAUUAAGGUCAUCUAUGGGUUCCUCCAGCCCCACGUGAAGAGGAGAGAAAUGAAAAAGAGUGCAGUGAUUACAGGGAGCAGUAUUCAUCUGGCUAGAGAACUGGAGGCCAACCCGGAUGCUGUGACUUUUGUUGUUCAAACCAGAGAGGACAGGGAAGCUUUAAAACUAAUGAAGCUGACACAGAUGGUCUCAGGUCUGAAGGCAGGCCAGCUUGUGCGGGAGUUUCCAGUGUUUGGUGUGUUGGAGGGGGUCUUUUUCCUGGGUGUGGUUGAUGAGCUGUAUCAUAAUGAGUCUGGGGAACUGGUUUUAAAGGAACUGAAGACCCGCAGUCACAACUCCCUGCCUCACCCUGCCCAGUCCAAGGGCCACUUUCUACAGGUGGGUUUGUAUAAGCUGCUGUUUGACUCCAUGGUCCAGGGUUCUAUGACAAGGCUCAACCUGCUCCAGUAUCUCAAGCUCCAGCCCCACCAAGCCUUUGGAUCAGAGCUCCAGAUCUAUGCUCAGAAAUUGGGCCUCCCGGCAGUCACUUUUGGAGAGCUAGUGGACCACUUUCUGAACGUCCUUAACUUCUGCAACCUGCAGGCCGUCAACAAGCUGACCCUAGAGUACAUCCACCAGAGGUCUGGAAGCCUUGUAGGAAGCAUAGAGGUAGAAUUCAACGAGGCCCAGCUAAGGGCUGAGCUCAGGGGCUACCUGGCCUUCUGGAGGGGGCAAAGGGAACCCCAGGGUGUGGAUGUGGAGAAUAUAGAAGAGGCAUGGAAGUGUAGUAUGUGCCCCUAUGAGGAGAGUUGUGACUGGAGGACUAGUAAACUGCAAGAGGUCAUUGUUGAUGGCAAUAAGAAAACCAGAUUUGAUGGUUUUAAGUCGGGGAGUUCCAAUUCAAAAUGUUAUCAGUUGGAGGUUCCCCAAUUGGAGGUAGGUCAGGACUAAGAAUAAGACAUAGGAUAGCCCGACAGUGAAUGUUCAUGUCUUCCUUCAUUGUUCUGUGGGAGUAGCGUGAAGUGUUGUUCAGGAAGAUCAUUGCCAAAAGGUGUUAACACCUAGUAAGCAAUCCUAUGUGCAAUAACCCUUUUAGAUAUGUAAUAUAGACUAAUAUCCAUAUAUUGUACAUGUUUAUCAUAUCAGGCAUGUAUUUUAUUCUGUUUGUUAAUAUAUGUCUUUAUAUUUUUAACCCAUUGCUACUUUUAUAAAUUACAUUCAUAAAUAUAUUGUGAUUACAUUUAUACUGUAAGAAAAUAUUUAACAAUAUGAAUUACUUAUUCACAUAUUUUAUUAUGUGAAUGAAAAACCUA